AGCGGUGGUGGCAGCGGUGGCAGCGCCGGCGUCGGUGUUAGCAUCCUACCUGCUCUAGGACAAACCGAGUACGUCUCGUGCGAGGGUGCGGGCCGCACACGGUUCGCCGAACCUCCGGUACGUUUCGUGCUCGCGGAACUUGUCAUUCUUUUCGUUCCCGUAAACGCGCGCUCCCACGUUAAAAACAGCUGUGUCGAUCGGUAGGUUUCGAAGGUGAUCGCCUAACUAAGUCGAUUUUCGUUGUGAUCUAGCAUCGUGAUGUCUUCGUUAUUAAAUGCAUAUUAAGCUCUGUGAAUAAGUAUCAACGGACGAAUUAGUCGCGUGACCGCGAAGCAACCGGCUGCCUCGAGGUGGCGCGUUUUCAAACCAAGAAGACGGAGAAGAAAUCUUAUCGUAUUCGUACGUGAAAGAAUGAUCCAGGAAGUGUGGAUCGGUAGCUGUUCGUGAUCAAACGGUAGAGGAACGUAUCAGUCGGAACGAUUCAAAGGAUUCCAUCGAAUCGAACUUUAUAUCCUUCCCUGACAGAUCGUAUCUUUUCCGAGUAAAAGAAGCAUCGAGGGAUCGAGAAACGUGCGCGUAUGGGUGUGCGUCCCGAUAUGACCCACCACGAUUGACACUUUUUUUUGCCACGCUUUUACAUAGCAGCCCGACGAACAUGGUAUUUCUGGCACAUCACUGACAUCCACUAUGAUCCGAGGUACUCCACCCAAGCAAACGCGGCAAACGCGUGCUGGAACACGAAGAACGGUGUGAACAGCGGUCGGAAAACCCCCGGAGAAUUCGGUGACUACGGCUGCGAUUCGCCCUGGGCCCUGGUAGAAUCAGCAGCGAUGGCAAUGACAUCCAAUCGCGGCGAAGGAAUCAAGUUCGUUCUUUGGACGGGUGACGCGCUGACGCGCACUACUGGCAUGAGCGCCGAGCUUCGUCUGCAGUGUUUGCGGAAUUUGACCGAUCUGUUGUCUCGCACGUUUAAGGAACAGUUUGUGUUUCCGGCGCUCGGACACGACGACAUCGGGGUGAACUUCUCACAACUCGCCGAGAUCUGGCAGCAUUGGUUGCCGCAGGAAGCUCUGGAUACCUUUAAAACUGCCGGAUAUUACACGAUAGAGCAGCGCUCGGAAAAGUAUCGAAUCAUUUUCCUCAAUACGAAUUUGUGGUUGAACACGGCUGACAAUCGUAUGCUACAUCGCUCCGGAAGUAGUACGAUCGACAACACGCAGGAUCCUUUCGAUCAAUGGUCCUGGUUCCAGAUGACUCUCGAGACCGCGCGGAGGAAGAAGGAAACGGUAUACAUCGUAGGUCACACACCACCAGGGGUGGACGAUCGUGAGAGCGGUGCGGCGAUGUUGAGCGAACGUCACAAUACCAAAUAUCUCCAGCUGAUCCGGUUGUACUCGGACAUCAUUCGCGGUCAGUUCUUCGGUCACUGGCACUCGGACACUUUUCGCGUGGUCUAUAGCGAUACCGGUCUGCCGGUGUCAUGGAUAAUGAUGGCACCCAGUAUAUCACCGAGCACGCCUGGAGGGCCAAACAAUCCAGGUUUAAGAUUGUACAAAUUCGAAACUGCCACUGGUCAGGUGCUGGAUUAUACGCAGUACUAUCUUAAUCUGCCGGACGCGAAUUCAGCCGGGACGGCAAACUGGUUGGCCGAGUACUCUCUGCUCGAGUACUAUGAACUUCAGGAAAUUACAGCGAUCACUCUUCACGACCUGGCUGACCGAUUCACGCAAUUCAAUGAUUAUGCUUUCGUCAGAUACUACGCGGCCAACACGGUCUCGUUGCCGCGGGAAGUGGAGCAGAUUUGGGGCUGCGGAGGACCGCUGAACGGAGCUUGCGCUCUCCAUCAUUACUGCACGGUCACCCGGCUGAACCCAGAAAACUACAGGCAAUGCUACUCCUCGUAUGCGUACGCACUCGCUUCCACCGGUCCAUCCACGCCGCGACUCUACCUCUCGCUGCACCUGCUCGUCCUGUUGGUUUGUGCGCAGCUACUGAGGAAUCGGUAGGUUGGAAUCCCAACGGCCUGGCGAAAGACGACUGCGUUACAAGCGACCAAAAGCUCAGCUCCCUGCUCUUCCUGAUGCGCCGAUGACAUUUGCGUCGGCGAUCAUCGCGCGCGACCGGUCGAACUCGGAUCUUGUUUAAGCGGCAGAAAAUCUUCGAGCCAAUCUCACACUGCCACCGCAGUUGACGAUGUCUCGUUCCGUUGUCGCGAUGUUUGCUCACGAGGGGAGCAGCCGGAUAGAGAAGGGAAGGGAGCGUCGGUAUGUACCGCAGCGAGUGAUUCACUUUGUCUCUGUGUCUGCCUCGAUGUCUGUCUCUUUGUCCACGUCUUCUCUCUGUCGUAUCACGCGAAGGGGUUUGGACGUCACGGGAAAAUGGGACUUCUCAACGCCACAGCGAUAUCACGUCGCGCGUUCCGCGGGGAUUCGUUCGUAGGCUCGAAGCGAGCGUUCCCAUUCAAACACAGUAUUUUCUAUGUAUGCCGAACGACGGGAUGAUAAUCGCCUCGAACGACUGCUUCUUCGCAGUUUGAGCGAUCGUUUAAUUACUCGGUCUACGAAAUUUCAUGGCAUGAUUGGCAUUUGCUCGGUAGUGGCGAGUGGCUCGACCUGAUGUAACCGCGAGACGAGAGAGGGAGAUGAUCGACAGGGUAACCCUGAAAUAUAAACAUGGUUCAAACGAAAGCAAAUGAAAGAAAUCGAUGAAACCUUGAUGUUGUACUUGCUUCUCUUAAACGUUUGUGUGCGUUGUUUUAACACGAGAGAAUCGUAUUUAUUAGGGCGCGGCGCGCGCCUAAAAUCAGCCGCGGAACAUAAAGAACGAUCCACGUAACGGAGAACGACGAAUUUACGCGAUGCAUGAAACACACGAUCGAUCUCGUGAAACCGUUCGUUAUUCGGUGAUGUCGCACGACUCGAAUCCACCGUCAGCGGGAGGGACGUCGGUGACCCCGGGACGACUGCGUCGAAACGUUCUUAACUCCGAGAACCAUUAUCGUAUCGUACCACCAUUUCGCGAUUGUCGGAACAAUACAGUAUUUCUUAAUAAACGAGUCAUGGAUUUGUAACUACUA